GGGCUGUAAAAAAAUGCUGGUUCGAUUUUCGGUUUCAAUCAUUUGCUUCUUUGCUCAUCCGGCCUUUGAUUUCUUCUUCUCCAUCUCGAAUCGAUUCUCUCGUCUCCCUCUUCUUUUCCAACUUCACUUUCUCUAUCUCCCUCUUCUCUUCGAGCUCGAUUUUCUUUUCAGACUUUUCUUGGAUUCUCCUUUUCUCUGGAAAGGAACAACUGUAAUAUAGGAAGGUUUUGAAGUGAGUAUAUAUUCAUUAGAAAAGAUGCCCUCUCAAAAGAUAGAGACAGGUCAUCAGGACACGGUCCACGAUGUGGCCAUGGAUUACUAUGGCAAGCGCAUUGCUACUGCCUCAUCAGAUCAUUCAAUCAAGAUAAUUGGGGUUAGCAAUAAUACGUCCCAGCAUCUUGCUCAGCUGACUGGUCAUCAAGGACCUGUUUGGCAAGUAGCCUGGGCUCACCCAAAGUUUGGGUCCUUGCUUGCGUCGUGUUCUUACGAUGGGCGCGUCAUAGUAUGGAAGGAGGGAAAUCAGAAUGAGUGGACUCAAGCUCAUGUUUUUGAUGACCACAAAUCGUCAGUCAAUUCUAUUGCUUGGGCACCUCAUGAGAUUGGUCUUUGUUUGGCAUGUGGCUCUUCAGAUGGAAAUAUAUCAGUUUUUACUGCACGAGCAGAUGGUGGUUGGGACACAUCCAGGAUUGAUCAAGCUCACCCAGUUGGUGUAACUUCAGUCUCUUGGGCACCAUCCACCGCACCUGGUGCUCUUGUUGGUUCUGGUUUGCUUGACCCUGUUCAGAAGCUUUGCUCUGGUGGUUGUGACAAUACUGUAAAAGUGUGGAAGCUCUAUAAUGGGAUCUGGAAGAUGGACUGCUUUCCUGCUCUUCAAAUGCAUACUGAUUGGGUAAGAGAUGUGGCAUGGGCACCCAACUUGGGCCUCCCAAAGUCGACUAUUGCUAGUGCUUCUCAGGAUGGAAAGGUUAUUAUAUGGAUAGUCGGGAAGGAAGGGGAUCAAUGGGAGGGCAAGGUCUUACAUGAUUUCAAGGCUCCUGUUUGGAGAGUCUCAUGGUCACUCACUGGUAACAUAUUGGCUGUUGCUGAUGGGCAUAACAAUGUGACACUGUGGAAAGAAGCUGUAGAUGGAGAAUGGCAACAGGUGACUACCGUCGAUCCCUAGGGACCAAGUAUUGCAAACAAACUUUUUUCCUUUGAUACUUUGUUGUGCUUUAGUUGCAUUGCAUUUCAAAUGAUUAGAACCUGUUUUUCCUUGAUAUUAUUCUGUAGUUGGAGUGUUUAUGUGGGAUAUUUGAGUCUUCAGGUUUUGGACCAGAGUUUGGCAGAUAGAAUGGAUAUUGUACUCGGCAUCUUAUAUGUUCAUUUUUGUUUUAUGUGAAUUAACAGAUCAUUUCCGUUACUGUCA